UUCAUCUUCAUUCCCAUUGAAACGAACUGUAAAGCAAGUAAAUUUUGGUACCAGUGGAAAAACCCGCUCGCCGACCGAACCUAAAACCCUGAAAACCCCGACCAGACAUAAUCGACGACUCGUUUGAUGAAUUACUAUCCAAGGAAAGCUCACACAUAGAUAUAUAUAUGUGUGUGUAUAUAGAGAGAGUGUGGUAUUACAAUGUUCGCAGCAAGGAGCCUUCAAAGGAAUUGCUUCAAGACCAUCUCUUCUCUCAUCCUCACCAAUCCCUCCAAAAAUGUUAUGUUAUUAAGAGAUAAUUCGACGAAAAUCAUUUCUAGCAAUGUGAUUCAGUCAAGUUUGACAAUAGAAGAUGUCUCUUUUUCCCCAAUAAAAUUCUUGAAUUGCUUCGAUGGGUCUCGGGCGAUGUCGACGUCGAAGGGGAGGAGCAUGAGAAGCAAGGUGGAGAGCCGGAUGCGGAAAGAGUCCGGAAAAACCCUAAGGGAGAUUCGGCGGGCAAAGAAAUUGAGGAAGAAGUUGAUGACUGAUGAGGAAAGGCUCAUUUACAACCUCAGAAGAGCCAAAAAAAAAGUAGCAUUGCUUCUGCAGAAGCUGAAAAAAUAUGAGCUACCAGAGCUUCCACCUUCACGGCAUGAUCCUGAGCUUUUGACCCCUGAGCAGCUACAGGCAUAUAGAAAGAUUGGCUUCAGAAAUAAAAAUUAUGUCCCUGUUGGUGUCCGUGGUGUCUUUGGAGGAGUUGUCCAAAAUAUGCACCUCCACUGGAAGUUCCAUGAGACUGUGCAAGUUUGUUGUGAUAACUUUCCGAAGGAAAAAAUUAAGGAGAUGGCAACCAUGCUUGCAAGAUUGAGUGGUGGCAUUGUGAUCAACGUACAUAAUGUGAAAACCAUUAUCAUGUUCCGUGGAAGGAAUUAUAGACAACCAAAAAACUUGAUUCCUCUCAACACCCUUACAAAGAGGAAGGCAUUAUUCAAAGCCAGAUUUGAACAAGCACUUGAUUCUCAAAAGCUGAAUAUUAAGAAACUAGAGCAGGAGCUCCGACGAAUGGGUGUAAAUCCUGAAGAUCCAGUUGCCAUGGCCAGCAUCCAGAGAGUUGCUUCCACAUUCUUCAAUGCAAUUGACAAAAAGGGUGAAAGCCCUUAUGUCUUCGUGGAAGACAAAUCAACAUCAGCGGAGCCCAGUGGUAGAUUACAUCAUUCAGAACCUGCUGAUGACAGUGACCAGGAGGAGCUUGACAAAUUCAUAGCUGAGAUAGAGGAUGCAGCUGACAAGGAAUGGGCUGCUGAGGAAGAAGCAGAGAAAGAAGAAUUCAGUCAAAUUAGAUAUAGGAACAGAGAAGAUUUAGGUGGGAGGUUCAGAAGAUCUGAAAUGGGUCGAAGUGAAGACUCGGAUAAUGAGUUUAGAGGAGGGCCAAGAGGCGGAGGGCCAAGAGGCUGGAAGGAUACACAAAGCAGGCGGAGGGUUAAUGAUAGUGAGGAUGAUGAAGAUGACAAUAUUUCUGAGGAUGAUGGUGAGUCCAAUGAUGUGGGAGAUGCAAGUGAUGCUGAUUAUUCUGAUGAAGCUCGUGGGAAACGCUAUGUACCUAAAGUAGAAAGGUGGCAGAAGGAAAAGAUUGGCAGAGCUAAUAAUAACGGAGGUUCCAAGAGAAAUGUUGAAGACCAUUUCAAGGGAAACAUGGCUAAAGAAGAUUCGCUGCCAGAAGAUACAUUGAGUGAUUUGGAAGAUGCCAUUUGGGAAUCAGAUGACGAGGAACACGACUCGAGAGAAUCAAGAACAGUGAAUAAUAAUUAUAGAAGCAGCAGUGAUGAGGAUGAUUUUCAUCACAUGAGUAGAGAUGAGAAGGAUGUGGUGAAUAGGGUGAAUGAUCUUGACAGCGAUGCUGAUGACUUCGGUGAGGCUGGUGGUAAUGCAUUCAAGGCUUCUAAAUUGGGGAGGAGAGAACAAAAUAAGAUUCCAAGAGAGAGAUAUGAUGGAGGUUUCCAAAGACAUGGUGAAGCUAAGAUGUCUGCAGAAGAUAGUGGCUCAGAAACUCAAAAGUGGGAAUCAGACACCGAAGAAAAACUUGAUUUGAGAAGAACAGGACUAGACAGUAACGAUUACAGGAGUAACAGUAAAGGCGAAGAUUAUCCAACGAAGAACGAGAGGAAUGGAUCGAAAGUGAAAUCGCCCAAACAGGUGGAUGAAACUUGGGAUAGUGAUUAGCUUAGUUGCAUUGAGUCGGAGAAGGUAAUUUCUGGAAAGCAUUUUUCAAUGAGAAAAGGGAUUCUAAAUAUAGUGAUGAUUUAGUCUAUUUGGUGGAGAUGUACCUGUGCUCAAUAGGAUAGAGUCAUAUGUCAUAGAAUUUAAAUGAUAUUGAACAGCUCUGGAAAACACAAAUCAUUCCUUUGUGUGUGAUGUUGCAUUUGGAAUGGCUAUUCUUUUUCUUGGCAUUUAUAAAUUUGUUCUAUUUUUCGUA